GCGCGCAGUGGCCCUUGUACGCGCGUGAUGCGCGGACGUACGCGUCGCGAUUGUGCGAGAGAGAGAAAGAGAUCGAGCUGCUGUAAUCAUCCUGUAUGUCGUCUGUCCGCCGAUUUCCGCGACAGCGGUGUAGGUAUAUACGCGCGAAACGAUUCGUGAUCUUGAGCGACCUCGGAGAGGGACCGCGGGGUGUCGAGCGCGCAUCGUAGGAUUACGUGCAAAGUAAACACACGCACGCACGUAAAAGCUCGUGCGCGCGCGCGCGCGCGAGCAAGCGGUCACAGCCAGGCAGACGUUGAAGCGUACGAAGCAGCAUCUCGCGAUCAAGUGUAUAGUCGGCGGUCGGUGUGGUAUACUCGACACAAUCGAAUCGGUUGACGACAAGGAAAAGUGAACCGAUUGCAUACGCGCCAGACCAGACGGCCCGAGAGUUACCCGCGUGAAGUGAGGAAUCGCGCGAUCGGCCGAAUAGAAGUGCGACUACCUUCGGAGAGUUCACGACUGUUCAGAGCGACGUCGACAGUGGCAUCGCUCCGGGCGGGCACACCGCCGUCCGUGCCGCGCCGGGCGGCUCGUCUCUAGUACCGUCCCUUGCUUGCAUGCCACGCUUCGAAACGAGGAUCGGAGCUGCCUGUUGGUGUUUCGUCGUGCUUAUCGAGAUGAAAAUUGAAACGUCCCAAGACAUGACGUAGACAGCGGCAGGUGCGUGAAAAAUCGCUGGAGUGGCCGCCAUGAAGAAUCUCGUGCCGUAGUUGUUAAGCGAUGUUAGUGACUGCCUCCCCGAUGGACAAUUCGCCGAACACGCUGUCGGUAGUCGAGGAGGAGGCGACGAACGUCACCGACAUCGACGACGCGUUCCCACCGCAUGUCGACACCAGCAACAUUGUCAUCCAUCCGGAAUCACCCACCAGCAAGAAGCAGACACUGAAAACUUUCGCUGAGGUGAACACGUUGCUGCAGGCCAGCAGGAAGCGGGAGGCGAAGCUGAUCAUCCGGGAAAACGCCUGGCCACUUAACAACGGCAUCAGGACGCAGCUCUGGCCGGCGCUCUGCGAUCAUGCAGAAGAUGUAAUCAAUGGACAAUUACCAGAAAAAUCAAUCAUGCUACCGCCGUUUGUCGAUAGUACGCAUUGCUUGUCUUACAAUUUGACGAGGAAGGGCAGAAACGUGGCGGACAGAAUCGUAUCUGUAUUAGGAUACGCUUGUCCUGACAUUACAUACAGCCCAUCCCUUUAUCCGUUAACUGCACUUCUCUUACAUUUUGUGCCAGAGGAGGAAUGUUACCACUGUAUGGCUACUUUGGUAGCUGCCAAAGAGAAAGUGUUCAUCACGCAAACCAAACUUCUUUAUGAAGUUACGUGGAAAACGGUAGAACAAAUCACUAAGAAACAUGUUAAAUCAGCUGCUGUACAUUUAGCGAGGCAUUGCUCCGGUUCAAGAGCAGAAAGAAUCUACAUGGACUGGAUCUGGUGGAUUCUUCAACUUCUUCCAUUUCAACAUCUAGUCAGGGUUAUGGACUGUUUUCUUCAUGAAGGCAUCAAGGUCUUUUAUCGGGUAGCUAUGGCUAUAGUUUUAUUAUUUUAUAAGCAUUCUUCGCCACAGAAUUCCGAAUGGAUGAAUGAGAUUUCGAAGAAUGGGAUAGAUGCCGCUCUAUCAAAGUUCUGCAGACAAAUGCCAGUAACACCUGCUAAAUUUUUGCGUACCGCUUUUGGGAUACGCGGACUCAGCUCAGCAUACAUAUCGCGAGUAUUUCUGCGCACAGAAAUGGCUCUUAAGAGCAAGAGCGUCCUGACAGGGUCCCGAUCGUUGGCCAGGUCACGUUCGACAGACAAUCUACCCACCAGUCAAUCCCAGGUCAACAUUCAAAUGAUGUCACACACACUCACAAUACGAGAAAAAGAAUGUGAAGACACGUACAAAGACAGGGGCGCACACAGUCCUGGACCACGCGCUCUAUCAAUGGGCGUUUAUCCCAUACAAAGUAUAUGCUCCCAGAUCCUAGACAUGCCUGAUUUAUUUACCCUAUGGUCAUGGCUACCGAUGAGGAUCACGAUGUACCAGCCUACCUUAUUAUAUACGACUGAAGAACAUGGAUGCUCUUUGACAACGUUCUAUGUGCGAGUUGAGCAGCAUGAACCGACCCUUCUGAUGAUAAAAACCUGUAAUAAUGAGGUAUUUGGAGCUUAUUGUUCUACUAGAUGGUGCGAACGUAAUUUGAAAGACGAUAAAGGUCAAAGACAAGCAUACUUUGGUACUGGUGAGACAUUCCUGUUCAGUUUGUAUCCUGAGCGAGCCAAGUAUCCUUGGGUAGGUAUGGAUUCAUCGCACAAUGAUUCCAGAGUACAUCAUUCAGCCGAGUUAUUUAUGGCUGCUGAUUCGAAGAUGAUAACUAUCGGUGGCGGGGACGGUCAGGCGAUCUGGAUGGACGAAAAUAUAAGAUUCGGUAAAACGGAUCGAUGUUCGACCUUUAACAAUCCACCCCUUUGCGCUAGUGGUGAUUUCGAGAUUAGAGUGUUGGAAGUGUAUGGCUUCGCCGGUGCCUGAAGAGAGGGAAGAAACAGCGGUGUAUUAGUUUGUUUUAUUCCCUACUGCCAUUUAGUGACUCUCUUUCUACAUAUACGUACUAAACACUGUGUUAUAUGUCAUGAGUGUGUCUCCGCGUAUCAUUCUCUUUAGUAAAUUCGUAUGCGAAGAAUAUACAAUAUGAGAUUACAUUAUAUAAGAGGACAAAAAUAUUCUAUUUGAUUGUGUAUAGAAAUAUUUUGCAUUAUUUAAUUUCU